AUGGUGAAGCUGACCGAUCUCCUCGCCAGAGCCUGGCUUGUCCCUCUGGCUUAUGGGGCGAGCCAGUCGCUCUUAUCCACCACUACCUCUUCGCAGCCUCAGUUCACCAUUCCUGCUUCCGCAGAUGUCGGUGCGCAGCUGAUUGCCAACAUCGAUGAUCCACAGGCUGCCAACGCGCAGUCGGUUUGUCCGGGCUACAAGGCUUCAAAAGUGCAGCACAAUUCACGUGGAUUCACUGCUAGUCUUCAGCUCGCGGGCAGGCCAUGUAACGUAUACGGCACAGAUGUUGACUCCUUGACACUGUCUGUGGAGUACCAGGAUUCGGAUCGAUUGAACAUUCAGAUUCUUCCCACUCAUGUUGACUCCACAAAUGCGUCCUGGUACUUUCUUUCGGAGAAUCUGGUGCCUAGACCCAAAGCUUCUUUGAAUGCAUCUGUUUCCGACAGCGAUUUUUCUGUGUCAUGGUCAAAUGAGCCGUCGUUCAAUUUCAAGGUGAUCCGAAAGGCUACAGGCGACGCUCUCUUCAGUACAGAAGGCACCGUGCUUGUUUAUGAAGACCAAUUUAUCGAAUUUGUAACGGCUCUUCCUGAGGAGUAUAAUUUGUAUGGCCUUGGGGAGCAUAUCACCCAAUUUCGCCUCCAGAGAGAUGCUAAUCUCACCAUAUAUCCUUCGGAUGAUGGGACUCCUAUUGACAAAAACAUCUACGGCCAGCAUCCCUUCUAUCUGGAUACGAGGUAUUACAAGGGAGACAGGCAAAAUGGAUCUUAUGUUCCGGUCAAAAGCAGCGAGACCGAUGCCUCGCAAGACUAUAUUUCCCUCUCCCAUGGUGUGUUUCUGAGAAACUCUCAUGGGCUUGAGAUACUCCUCCGGCCCCAGAAGUUGAUCUGGCGGACCCUAGGUGGAGGAAUCGAUCUGACAUUCUACUCGGGCCCAAACCCGGCCGAUGUCACCAGGCAAUAUCUUACCAGCACCGUGGGAUUACCGGCCAUGCAACAAUACAGUACUCUUGGAUUCCACCAAUGUCGCUGGGGCUACAACAACUGGUCGGAUCUGGCAGACGUUGUCGCGAAUUUUGAGAAGUUCGAGAUCCCGCUGGAAUAUAUCUGGACCGAUAUCGACUACAUGCACGGAUAUCGCAACUUCGAUAACGAUCAGAAUCGCUUUUCCUACAGCGAGGGCGACGAAUUCCUCAGCAAAUUACAUGAGAGCGGACGCUACUAUGUACCCAUUGUUGAUGCGGCACUCUACAUUCCUAAUCCCGAAAAUGCCUCUGAUGCAUACGCUACAUAUGACAGAGGAGCUGCGGAUGACGUCUUCCUCAAGAACCCCGAUGGUAGCCUCUAUAUCGGAGCCGUCUGGCCAGGAUAUACAGUCUUCCCUGACUGGCAUCAUCCCAAGGCAGUGGAGUUCUGGGCCAACGAACUGGUCAUCUGGUCGAAGAAAGUGGCGUUCGAUGGAGUGUGGUACGACAUGUCUGAAGUUUCAUCCUUCUGUGUCGGGAGCUGUGGCACCGGGAACCUGACUCUUAACCCGGCACACCCACCAUUCCUGCUCCCCGGUGAGCCCGGCGAUAUCAUAUAUGACUAUCCGGAGGCUUUCAAUACUACCAACGCUACAGAGGCGGCGUCAGCGUCGGCGGGCGCUUCCAGCCAGGCCGCAGCAACCGCAACUAGCACGUCGACCUCGGUGUCAUAUCUGCGCACAACGCCCACGCCUGGUGUUCGCAAUGUGGAGCACCCACCCUAUGUAAUCAACCAUGAUCAAGAGGGCCAUGAUCUCAGCGUCCAUGCAGUGUCGCCAAACGCGACCCAUGUUGAUGGUGUUGAGGAAUAUGAUGUACACGGUCUUUACGGGCAUCAAGGAUUGAACGCUACCUACCAUGGUCUGCUUGAGGUCUGGUCUCAUGAGCGGCGACCAUUUAUCAUUGGCCGCUCAACUUUCGCUGGCUCUGGCAAAUGGGCGGGCCAUUGGGGCGGUGACAAUUAUUCCAAAUGGUGGUCCAUGUACUACUCCAUCUCACAAGCCCUUUCCUUCUCGCUCUUCGGCAUUCCCAUGUUUGGUGCGGACACCUGUGGGUUUACCGGAAACUCGGAUGAGGAGCUCUGCAACCGUUGGAUGCAGCUGUCCGCAUUCUUUCCAUUCUACCGAAACCACAAUGAGCUCUCCACAAUCCCACAGGAGCCUUAUCGGUGGGCUUCUGUUAUUGAAGCGACCAAGUCCGCGAUGAGGAUCCGGUACGCUAUUUUACCUUACUUUUAUACGUUGUUUGACCUGGCCCACACUACGGGCUCCACUGUAAUGCGCGCACUUUCCUGGGAGUUCCCCAACGACCCAACUUUGGCUGCGGUUGAGACUCAAUUCAUGGUUGGGCCGGCCAUCAUGGUGAUUCCGGUAUUGGAGCCUCUGGUCAAUACGGUCAAGGGCGUAUUCCCGGGGGUUGGACAUGGCGAAGUGUGGUACGACUGGUACACCCAGGCUGCAGUUGAUGCGGAGCCCGGAGUCAACACGACCAUCUCGGCACCAUUGGGCCACAUCCCGGUUUAUGUACGAGGUGGAAACAUCUUGCCGAUGCAAGAGCCAGCAUUGACCACUCGUGAAGCCCGGCAAACUCCCUGGGCUUUGCUGGCCGCACUAGGAAGCAACGGAACCGCGUCGGGGCAGCUCUACCUCGAUGAUGGGGAGAGCAUUUAUCCCAAUGCCACACUUCGUGUGGGCUUCACCGCAUCACGGUCAAGCCUGCGCUCUUCAGCGCAAGGGAGAUGGAAAGAAAGGAACCCGCUUGCUAAUGUGACGGUGCUCGGAGUGAACAAGGAACCCUCUGGGGUGACUCUCAAUGGACAGACAGUAUCGCCAGGAUCCAUCACAUACAACUCUACGUCGCAGGUUCUGUUCGUUGGGGGGUUGCAGAACUUGACGAAUGGCGGCGCAUGGGCGGAGAACUGGGUGCUAGAAUGGUAGUGUCAGACACAAGCCAGGUGUGCGCGUACAGUAUGCAAGAUAGGUAGGGCAGUUAAUGUCCUGCAAUGUAG